CACACAGUAAACCGGCUCUGUCUAUUUUUCUGACAUCGAGCCGGCGCGUAAGCUUCAGUGUGAACUUCUUAUGGUACACUCUUGCCAGACUUUGUUCCAAUCGGUUUGGGGAGUAAUCAUUCGCAUAGUGUCGUCGGGCCCUGUAAAUCACAGUGGCCCGCCCCUCUUGCCCUUGUGUCAGAGGCUUAAUGAGCGGCACACCUUGAACUUGACAAAAGUUUGACUAUCUAACAAACAUCACCAUGGCUCUCAUUUUUUUCCACUUCAUUCUACCAUCCCUGGCUCUCAUACUACCAAUGUGCUUUUACUUUCUUGCCCACUGGAAAGUAUAUCCCCAACAGCUCCCUGGCAUCCCCUACAACCAAACCGCUUCCCACCAUAUCCUCGGAGACAUCCCCGACCUCGUAACCUCGGUCCGGCUUACCAAAGAAAGGAGAGAAGAGGGGGUUAGAAGAGUAAUGCGGGAGUUGGAUCGUUUCGAACCGGAGCGCUGGCUAGUGAGGAAGAAUGUGAAAAGAGGUCGUCGACUUGCGAUGCAGGAACUGAGAAUGAUGAUCGUGCUUCUGACGCUCAGCUUCAAGUUCUUGCCGUUGCCAGAAUCGUUGAAUGGGAUGGAAGGUCGGCAAAUGGUGUUGCGCAGCCGGCAGCAGUGUUAUGUCAAGGUGGAGGUUAUUUGAAGCAACGACUGCGGCUGCUGCUUGUCCGGAUCUUAGAUGCGGUUACAGAGAUUACAAAGACGACAUGAGGUUUGCC